CACCAUUACGACGCGGCCCUAAUGGCCUCGUAGCAGCAGCAGCAUUAGAUUAGAAGAAGACGACUGUUUAUACGGGAACUCCUCUCUCUUUGACACACAUAUACAGCUCACCUCCCAAAAACAUGAGUCCUGGACUGGCGGGUAUAGCGGUGGAGAUGCUGAGCGGGGCUACCUGCAGGGCAAGGCCGAGGCUCGGUAGCCUAUUGCUGGCCCCGGUCACCAAAACAGUGCCGCUGAUGUCCUGCAGCAGCACCGGGAGCCGGAGAUUUCGCUCCACGUCUUCGAUGCAAGGCUUUUCAGAGUUGGCGAGAGAGAGGUCGAAGACUGUCACGUCGUUUUACAACCAGUCUGCAAUUGACCUCUCCGCAGAAAAGGCCUCAGUGCGACUGACCUUAGCAACCCUGUUGUAUGCUGGGAAGUCUCCUGACGGACAUCACAUCCUGAGCAGUGCCAACUACCUUCACAAGGAGCUGCCUGUGCGGAUCGCCCAUCGCAUUAAGGGCUUCCGUAGUUUGCCCUUCAUUAUCGGCUGCAACCCCACCAUCCUGCAAGUGCAUGAACUGUAUAUCAGAGCCUACCACAUGCUCAUUGACUUCCCCCAGAUCAAGGAUCAGGACGUGGAGGCUCGUUUCUGUAAGCUGGUGCAGCAGCUGCUCGACGACCACAAAGACGUGGUCACCAUGUUGGCCCAGGGCUUCAGGGAGUGUCGUAAACAUGUUCAGGAUGAAGUGAUCCUCCGCAACUUCCUGGAUACAACACUGUGCUCUCGUCUGGGGAUCCGAAUGCUGGCAACGCACCACCUCGCCCUCCACGAAGACAAUCCUGAUUUUGUCGGGAUCAUAUGCAGACGUCUGUCUCCUAAAAAAAUCAUUGAGAAGUGGGUGGACUUUGCCAGACGUCUGUGUGAGCACCAGUACGGUAAUUCUCCCAGAGUGAGGAUCAAUGGUCACGUAGCGGCUCGCUUCCCCUUCAUCCCUCUGCCUCUGGAUUACAUUCUACCUGAGCUCCUCAAGAACGCCAUGAGGUCCACCAUGGAGAGCCAUCUGGAUACACCAUACAAUGUGCCCGAUGUGGUCGUCACCAUUGCCAAUAACGACAUUGACUUUGUCAUCAGGAUUUCAGACCGGGGUGGCGGCAUCCCUCACAACAUAAUAGACAAAGUGAUGGAUUACCAUUUCAGCACGGCUGAGGACAGCGCACAGGACCCCCGCAUGAGCAACUUCUUCAACAACAUUACCAACUCCGGAAACCAGUCUGGGCCUAUGCACGGGUUCGGCUUCGGCUUGCCAACGUCUCGAGCUUACGCCGAAUACCUCGGUGGCUCUCUGUCCUUGCAGUCCAUGCAGGGCAUCGGCACUGACGUCUACCUGCGUCUGCGCCACAUUGACGGCAAAGGAGAGAGCUUCAGAGUGUAAAAAAAAAACCCCCUCCCCUCCUCUUCCUCCCCACCAGGUCAUCCUCGUAGAUCCCAACCCAGGAAUCAGGCCAUACAGGGGUACAGAGGGACUUCAGGACCUCGGUGCACAAAGUGAUAGCCUCUACAGUAUGUUGUCAGAAAGCUCCUAAAUUUACCCACUACUUCUUGUUUUCUUCUUAUUUUUCCUUUUUUUUUUGCCUUAGACUGAUUAUAAGCUAUGUUAGCUCUCAAGUUGAUGAUUUCAGUUGUUUUCCUUUGUUGUUUUGUACCCUGUGGCUCGUCAUCUUGAAGUUUUAAAAAGGUGUGUAUGAAUUUUUUUGAAUGUUUAGGUUAUCGGGACAAACUGUGCAUGAUAGUGGACAUUGAUAUGGAUGAGGAAAGAAAGAGAGGAAAGGAAGGAAGGAGAGGAGAGAAAAAUUUAAAAGAGCUUCAGUUGUAAAGAAGUUCAUUUUUUGAAGUUACUGGUCGCAUAGCCUCAAAACAGGAACAGACAUUUCAACGAUAAAUGUUACAAAUUAAACUUCUGAGACACUCCAGCAGCCCUGUCAAAACCUCCUCACAAAGCCGCUCACAUGCUUCACCAUGAUCAAUAGAAACAUUAGAUCCUUCCAGUAUGAUGUCAGCUGGUUUUUUUUGUUGUUUAGUUUAAAAAAAAAUCAAAAUCUACAAAGGAAAACAGCUGUUGUUUGGUGACAAGAGCACACAAGUUUAACUUCAAUGUCCUCAUAUAUUACAGCUGAUGUGCUUUUGCCAGCAUGUGUUGUAAAAACCUUCAACCCUUAUAGUGGCUGAUUUAUGCAGAAGAAACUGCCAAAACACCAAAUGCUCAUUAACAGAUUUUUCUGUCUUUGUCUUUUUUAAGAACACACACACACACACACACACACACACACACACACACACACACACACACACACACACACACACACACACACACACACACACACACACACACACACAUAAUUGAUGAACACCUUUGUUUUUGUUUUGUUCAGCAGUAUUUUAGAGGAGCUUUCAGGCAGGGAAGCCAACCGAGGGGUUCAGUUGCCUUACUGUGUGAUGCUAAGUCCUUCAACUGCAUGCUGACUUUUAAAUUUUUCUUGCAUUUUUCUUUUUGUUGUUGCCUUUUUUUUCUCGGUAGUUACGCACCAUGUCAGUCACAAUCUCAUUCAUUUUUGAUGUUGGAUGUUUUUUGCACAAUGAAAUAGAUUUUCCAGCACUGUACCAAUCACAGCCGUUUUUUUUUGUUUGACUUUAUUGUAACAAACUUUAAGAGGAAUACUAUACCAGAGAAGUAUUUGUCUAAAAUUGUCUUCUUUUGUUUCUGUUUCAUCUGAUUUUCAUUUUAUUUUAUUUUCCAGAAAGUGAGUCAGUUAUAUUUCAAGUUUUGUAUUUUUUUUUCUUAAACAAGUUUUUGUAUAAGGUUACAUUUCAGAAAGGGUCAAUGACAGGAUUUCUGCACAAUACUCAUCAUCAUUUAGGUCCAUUAUCUCCAGAUCACAACUUUAAUUAUGUAAUUAACUUGAGACAACUAAUGUGCACAUCUAAUGUUUGUUUUUUUAUUCUCUUAAUCCAUUCAUUUUCCUUUUUGUUUCUCCUCCUAAUUUAAUUCACUACAGACUUUUCACUUGUAAAGGCCUCAGUAUGCUUCAAAUGAUUGACAUCUACAGAUAAGAGUGUUUAAACUUGUUUGGGUUGUAUAGAUGGGGGCAAAAAGCUGGCGAUCUUUCUUACCUUCCUGCCUUACUGAUCGUCCCCCUUUUUCAAGAAUCUUUUUUUUUGUCUCAGUGAAUCUUAAAAAUGGGGAUAAUACCCAGAAGUCUCCACUUGAAGGUAUUCAUGGUGUUUCACUGCACUGUAGACAAAAAAGUGAUGGAAGUAGUUGUAUAGAGGAUGAAAAAAGAGCUUAAGAGACACCAACCCAAUUAAAGGUGGACGUAUUUCUGACUUUUAUAAAACUUUUGCUAUCAGAAAGGCUGUUAAACAAUCCUCAAAGCACUUCAUUUGAAGCAUAUUGAGGUUUUUACUUUGGAAUGAGUUGCCCUCAACCAACCAGUGGGAGUCAUUAAUGCAAAAAAAUCCCUCACUGGCUUCCCACCAAACAAACAUAGGACAUUUAAAUCAUGAAAGUCCCGACCAACUAGAAGGUGGGCGACAACUUUAACCAUUUACGUUGUUUUUUUUAAGCCCAUGCUCUCAAAUAAUAAUGAAAUUCACAUUAUUAGACAUCAAACUUGUUUUUUUUAGUUUUCCCUCAUGUGAUGUCACAUUAAAUGUCUCUUUAUCUCAGGAUUUACAAAAAAAAAAAAAAAGCCAAGUCAUGCGAUUUUAGAAAUACGCCCUCAUACAUACAAUAGUCGGUCAACAUCAGCACUCCUUACAUUUUGUUGAACAUUCCCCGUUCGACACCAGUCGUCAAAACAAAAAGAUCAACAAGGAUGCUUCAUUUAUUUCAUUUUAUCUCUGUCUGGAGCGUUUAUUAUUGUGUUAGCUUAUACAGUUAUCUGUUUUCUUUUUAUUUAGCAGAAAGGGCGUCGAGAGACUUGAGCUAUUAUUGACAAAAAUAAGAAUCUAUGAACUUUGUAAACCAUCAAAAAGGUCGUACAAAUUAUACCGCUUUUCAUUUUUUUGCUUCUGACACUCGACCAGUUGAUUAUGAGUUAAUAUCGCAGGCUUUGAGUUGUACAUUUUCCUCUAAAGCUUUAUCAUAAAAGCCUUAGAAUCACAUUUAUUGUAUAGCCUAAAAGGGGGAAAUUGGACUGUUUUCUUAGUUUUAAUAAACCCUUAAAUAAAGUAAUGUUCUGUAAUGUAUGGAAGCCUAUAGAGGACUAAAUUAAAACAAUAAUGCAAUCUUGAAAAUUGCAAUUCCACAAUUGCAUUAUCAUUUUUCUACAUAUAUGUAUGUAUGGGUUAUUUGAGUAACAAUUAAAAUAAAAAAUGCAAUAAUCCAACUUUCAUUUCACACAUUGUAAGGGUGAAAAUGGAAAAGGUUUAAUUUAAUUCACUCCAAUAAAACAUACAUAUGUGGGAAAAGGCUUUUUGGAGUUAAAUGAUUUUAAUAUAGUCCCUUAUAGGCUUCCAUAGUCAUGUUUAAUAUCUUACAACUUGAAUAAGAGGGUUCACUUGCCUUUGCACUCACAAAAAAAUGUCUCCUUAGAUUUUUUUUCUUCUUCUGUAUUUUGAUUUAAAAUGAGAUUUUCGCCUGUGAGACAUGAUGAAAACAUACGUGAACUAGUUACCUGAAUUGUAAGAUAUCAAAACAUGAGUGUGAAUCUGAUUUAAUUUUGGGGGGUUUUUGACAUUUUUAUGAAACAAAAAAUAACCCCCCUGUGUAAUUUACAAUCCCAGAAUAACGGAGGACGGCCGAUUAUUAUCUGUAUUCUCACCGAGGCCGUGUAUAUGAAUUAAUGUGUUUAUUGUGGCUUUUUGAAGGUCUUUGAAGAUGUAGUAUAUAUGUAGCUUAUGCAUGUAAAGACCGGAAAGUAAACACCACAUAGCCGCCAGAUGCUAGUAAAAAUGGUUUGUGUCCCUUUUUUUGGAAACACAUUAAACAGAUAAUUUAGAGAUAAAAGUUUUAUUCCCAAAAUGUUUGACGGUGGAUUGUAAAAAAAAAAAAAAAAAAAAAAAGAGAAGAAAAUCUGGCAUUGAAUGUGUAUUGUCUGCCCUCUGCUGGCCUAAAAAGAAAAGUGCAGGCAGACUGUAAAAAAAAAAGAAAGAAAAAGUGUUUUGGGGAUAUUAAUAAUGUCGGGGAUAAUAUUGUGCAUAAAGUGCAUCAUUCUAGUUUUGAAAGGAAAAGAGGAUAUACAUCAUAUUAGUUUUUGCUUCUAUUUCUAAGUUCUUUGAUUUUGUAAUUAUUAUUUUUUUUGCAGAUAGAAAUGAGAAUUUAACAAAAAAUAAAUAAAAAUCAUUUGAACAUCAUUUUUCCAGUAUGAGGUCAAACAGUCAUGUGACCGACAACAAUGUGCUGCCAUGGAGUGUUUUGUUUCUCCCACAUGUUUUCUGUUGUGUUCAGGACUCUGUAGACAUUAAAUUUUACUUGGUUGGAACUUUGAUAGUAUUUUUAUACAUUUAUUAUUAAUCAUUUAGGGUUGUUUUAAAGUGCAUAAAAUAUGAAAUAUUAAACUACACACCUGCUUCCUCUGUGCUAAAACAUC